CAUCAGGAAGUGGUUGGAUUUUGUGAGUUGAUGAGACUUUCAUGAAGCGUUCGCGAGCAUUUUAGGAAUAUACGUGGAUUCAUAAUUCUCAUUGCGGAGAUAAUUUGGUUUCGAGAGAAAGCAACCACCAUAUGCAGAGAGUGCAGGCCGGAAUUACCAUGGCAUUGGCAUAAUAGUCUCAUUGCUCUUUUGAUCGCUUCAAGCGUCUGCCAAUUUAAGAAUGUGGAAUUCCUUACGGAGCGACUUUUCCGAGUUCGUGUCGACCGUCAAGGAAGAUACAUCUCAUGUGCUGUCGAGCAUGGACGAUCGCUUGGAAGAAGACGACAUAACCCCGGAACAAGAAGAGUGUUUACGCCGUAUGCUCAAUACGGAAACAUACACCACACCCCUCCCUACGAAAGCAGACAAUGAAGAACAAGACGACGAGUUAGAUGCGGAAGAAGCGAAGCAAGUUGCGGCUUUUCUCGAAACCUUUUCGAUUGAGGCCCGGACUGAUGAAAUUGGCAAGCUUCUGGAACUCUACCCCGAUUCCUUGAAAGUACAGUUUGAAACGCUCGUCCCCACCGACGUGCCUUACAACGACUUUUGGGAGCGCCACUUUUAUCGCUGCGACGAGGAGCGCAUCCGUGAUACGUGGGAGGCAGAGGAGCAAAGGGAGAUGGAACAACGUCAACGAGCCGUCUCUCAAACUAUUGGAUCAGUCACUGGAUUUUUGGGUGGUGCGGUCAAGAAUUUGACCGCCACUCUAUCUGAGGACAACCAAGACCGGCCGUUUCCAAGAUUGACGAGCAUGACAAAAAAUCAAGCGGAAAAGGCGGGCUUGUUUGGUUCGCGUCCGCCCUUUGUUCGCAAUACUGCUGUGGAUGAGAGCGUUGACGAAGAUGACGAGGACGAAGAAGAAGAACUUGGAUGGGACGACGAAGAUGACGAUUUGGACGAGUCUUUUGAUCGGGAUGAAGUCGAAGACGAAGACGAUGACGAAGGGGACGACGAACAAAUUGAAUUCAACGAUGCCGCCACUGAAAAGUUGCAGGAGCAACUCAAACAAGCUCUAGAAGAACGCGACCAGCUGCACGCCACUGUGGAGAUGCAGUCCCAAGAAAUUGCCACCCUCAAACAGACAUCGCCUGACCUUCAGCCCGAUGAAGCCGCGCAUGAGCUCAUAAAAACGCUCAAAAUGCAGCUUUUUGAAAAAGACUCCGAAUUGGCUGCGUUACGUUCUAGCAUGUUGGAUGAUUCGCGUGUGCAACCUAAUACAGCCGGAGAAAACAGCGAUAACGAAAUGGUUGCAAAGUUGGAAAAAAAAAUUGCGGACAUGAGCGAGGCAGCGUGCGCUAAUGAGAAAGAAAUGGCAGCACUCCAAGCAGCACUUGAGUCGGUUCGUGGUGAGCUUGCGCAGGCCCGAGGACAGGCGGAACAGAAACAGGAAGCUUUGGAGACGACAUUGGCUGAGUCGAGUUUGUUACAAUCGAAGUUGGAAUCCUUGGAGACGAUGAGAUCCGAAUCGGUCGAGGCGGGUAUCAAAGAAGCAUCGUUUAAAAACGAAAUGGAGACUCUUCGAAGUGAACAUGCUGCUAUGGUUGAGUCCUUGGCUUUGUCACAGUCUGAGCUCACCACAAAAGAAAACUUUUGGAAAGACGAACUUGCGUUGGUAAAGGCAAGGAUGGAAACUCGCGAAUCUGAGCUCGACGCUGCGAAGCAAGAAAUUGAGUUAUUGAGAGAACGAGCGCUUGGAUUGGAAACAAGCUUGAAGAAAGCCAAGGAGCAGCCAGAAGCUACCGAAAUGCAGGUACAUAAAGAGGAAGAACACAACACCGAACCUGAAGAUGAAGUUGCGGCUGAAUUGAGUGUGGACUCUCCAGAUACUGUGUCAACGGGCGUCAAAGUGGAUACCCCAGCGGCUGUGGAGAAACUCCAAGUUGCCUCGGGCGACAACGAAGACGGUGAUGAAUGGGACGACGAUUGGUAAGCAUCAAGCGAGGAGGCUCCCUUCAUACCACUUUUUUUCGCUGUCCUUCUAUAGAUGCAUACAAUUGAAUUUAUUUCGAAAUAUAUAAAUUAUGAAGAUUCGUAACGUUCCAUCUUGCGCAG